CGUGGAGCUAGGGCUUAGGUUCCCCCUACAUCCUUUCGUCCUGCAGUAUCUGAAAUUUGUGAAGCUAGCCCCAUGCCAGCUCACGCCGAACAGCCAUUAUUACUUGGCAGGCUUCCUGGCCCUCUGUCGUAGCCGGAAGGUGGAAGCGACACUGGACCAGUUCUUCCUAUCCUUUAAUCUGUGCCGGGGAGGCCACUCACACGCCGGGGGAUAUGCCAACUUGCAACAGGUCCCGACUUGGAAAUUGUUCUCCGAGACCCCCUCCUCCCAUAAGGAAUGGAAGGAGAAGUUCUGCUACAUCAGGCUGGCUGAAAAUCCAUUCCCGAGGGCUUUGAAUAAUCAUUUCAAAAGGCACCCGAAGGUAGGUAAUGCGGCCCUCGAUAAGGCAGGAAGGAAACUGAUUGAGAAGCCCGCGGGUUCUGAGAAAGUAAUUGCUAUUAAGGAAGCGACGCUGCCCGAGGAGCUCUACCUGUUAGGAUUCCGAAGAUACCGUCUUCCGGGGGAAAAGGACGAAAAAUACCCUAGAAUCGAUCGAGGGUAUCUGAAUGCCAGAGGUGACAUAAUGGACGUCCAAGCCUUCGCCCGAUUGACAAAGAAGCUGGCCAAGGUGCCGAAG